AUGAAACGAUUGUCUUCUGCAUCUACGACAGCCGGGAUUUCGGCCAAGAAAUCCAAGAAGGAUAAGGUGCUGAGAUUGUUUUGCAUUUUUUGUUUAUUUUAUUUCUUCGUGUCUUUGUCGAGUUUGUCUUUUUAUUUGUAAGCCUCAAACUUGGGAAUGAACAUGAGCAAAUAACCAGCUAACCUCUCUCUUGGUGUUAUUAGAAGUCUCUUCUUUUACUGAUGAAAUUUCUUAAAUCGGUAAAAGAGGCAUCGUCUGUGUAGGAGAUGGUGUUGAUGUCCACUGUCGUUCCUUUAGGACGGUGGAUGUCGAGACUUCGAAAUUUAUCUUUGUUUUACGUAGGCUUUUAUUUUCAGAGCUUCACUCAUGUCGACUUUGAAUUCAUUGAGAAAUCACGCGAGUUUGAUGAGAUAUUCGCUGGUCUCAAUUACACACUUCAAAAAGCAUCAACGUCAAAGACAUCCGAACAUGUAGCCAAGAAGUUUGACAAGUUUACCAACGAGUUUGAGUCUCUUCAGAGCAAGAUUAAUAAAAUGGAGAAGGAGAAUAGUAUAAUGUUCUCAAUUGUGGAUAGAGUAUUGGAAGAUGGAGAUGUUUCUGGUGAGGAUGUAAUGCUGAUCAAGGUAAGGUUAGACUUCUGUUUAUAUUGCCUCUUUAGAGCGAGUAUUGCAACUAUUGUAAUCUUACACUGGCCAAUAAGAGAUACUUCUAUGCCCAUAUGGUUGAAAGGCACACUCUUCACCUACAUCGUUAUAUCGCUUGCGUGUUGUGCAACGCAAGGUGUACGGAUAUGGAUGCGUUGGAUAGGCACGUCAAGACUCAUUCUGCUGAUUCGAUAUGCAAACUGUGUAACGAGGAGAAGCCAGACAUGUCGGAUCAUAUUUUCAAUGCGCAUGGAUACGACGGUGUUGGCUAUCUUCAAUUAGGAUGUGAUUUCUGCUCUUACAGAACCAACAGUUGCACGUCUUUACAAUUACACUGCUUCUUAUGUUCUAAUAAUCCAACCAAUUCGAACUAUACACCGACUGAAGAGGGUAGGUGGUAUGUAUUAUGUUAUACGAAAAGUUAUAGGAAGUGACUAAGUUAUUGCUUUUGCAGGAAGGGUGUGCAAUUUGUGUCACCAGGUGUUUACCACGAAUCUCCAGAUGUUGCGGCAUAAGGAAUCAAAGCAUCAGCAUGGUCAUGACGACGGGGGAAACCUCAGGAACUUUGUUUGUGAAGAAUGCGGACAGAGCUUCUUCAGCAUCCGAUCUCUUGGAGGACAUAAGCGAAAACAUUCAAGGAAAAAAGGAGCCCUCGAGGGAAUGGUGAUACCAGCAUCCGUCAACAUUGGAUUGAUGCUAGAACCAAAGAUACGGCUUUCGGACAGAAUGGUGAAUGAUUGCAGAAAAUUUGAAAAGCAUGAAUUAGAAGACAUGCCAGAUCUUUAA